CACGCGCUCCGACCUGUCGCUGGGCUCCCGCGGCGGCCCGGCGCCCGCGCAGCACCCGGCGUCGGGGGCCAAGAGCUCGGCCACGGUGAGCCGCAACCUGAACCGCUUCUCCACCUUCGUCAAGUCGGGCGGCGAGGCCUUCGUGCUGGGCGAGGCGUCGGGCUUCGUCAAGGACGGCGACAAGCUGUGCGUGGUGCUGGGGCCCUACGGCCCCGAGUGGCAGGAGAACCCCUACCCCUUCCAGUGCACCAUCGACGACCCCACGAAGCAGACCAAGUUCAAGGGCAUGAAGAGCUACAUCUCCUACAAGCUGGUGCCCACGCACACGCAGGUGCCGGUGCACCGGCGCUACAAGCACUUCGACUGGCUGUACGCGCGCCUGGCCGAGAAGUUCCCGGUCAUCUCGGUGCCGCACCUGCCCGAGAAGCAGGCGACGGGGCGCUUCGAGGAGGACUUCAUCUCCAAGCGCAGGAAGGGCCUGCUGUGGUGGAUGAACCACAUGGCCAGCCACCCGGUGCUGGCGCAGUGCGACGUCUUCCAGCACUUCCUGACCUGCCCCAGCGGCACCGACGAGAAGGCCUGGAAGCAGGGCAAGCGCAAGGCGGAGCGCGACGAGAUGGUGGGCGCCAACUUCUUCCUGACGCUGAGCACGCCGCCCGCGGCCGCGCUGGACCUGCAGGAGGUGGAGAGCCGCAUCGACGGCUUCCGCAGCUUCACCAAGAGGAUGGACGACAGCGCGCUGCAGCUCAACCACACGGCCACCGAGUUCGCGCGCAAGCAGGUGACGGGCUUCAAGAAGGAGUACCAGAAGGUGGGCCAGUCCCUGCGCGGCCUCAGCCAGGCCUUCGAGCUGGACCAGCAGGCCUUCUCAGCCGGCCUCAACCAGGCCAUCGCCUUCACCGGCGACGCCUACGACGCCAUCGGCGAGCUCUUCGCCGAGCAGCCCCGGCAGGACCUGGACCCGGUCAUGGACCUGCUGGCGCUGUACCAGGGCCACCUGGCCAACUUCCCCGACAUCAUCCACGUGCAGAAAGGGGCUCUUACCAAAGUGAAGGAGAGUCGGCGGCACGUGGAGGAGGGGAAGAUGGAGGUGCAGAAGGCGGACGGCAUCCAGGACCGCUGCAACACCAUCUCCUUCGCCACCCUGGCUGAGAUUCACCACUUCCAUCAGAUUCGCGUCAGAGACUUCAAAUCACAGAUGCAGCAUUUCUUACAGCAGCAAAUAAUAUUUUUCCAAAAAGUGACGCAGAAGUUGGAAGAAGCUCUUCACAAGUAUGACAGUGUUUAACGACGGGACGUCGGAGGGCGGACUCGUUCCAGUUCAAGAAUAAUUUCCGCAGCAGCGUAAAAACUGCUAUCAGAGCGAUUGCCAACGCUCGGCGCUGGUACAAGGCCGGUCCCGUGUCGACGGGAACCGGGCUGAACGCGUAAUGACGUAGGGAGGAGGCGGCCGCGCGGCCGAGCUGUCGCUAAGUUACGCUGUGCGCGCCUACACCGCCGCUGUGACUGGGGGAUAGUGAGUAUACUCUUUGCCUUACUGCUUCCUGAAGGGUGGGUGUUUCAGUGCGUGCGCGGCUCACCUCGGACCCCCAGGGUCGGGGGCCCGGCGCAGCCCCCCGAUGCCUUUCCCUCUCACAGAUCGGGGCCCCGAAACUCAGCCUGUCCUGUUUACAAACUCCAGCUAGAGCAGCUAUUCGACUUCGUGCCUUUAGACUCCUGGUUUUUCAUUUCUCCCUCCCCCCUUCCUUCAGUAACCGCAACUCCUGACUGAGAGAGAGCGAAAGGCCAGGGCGGACAGUGGCCGGUGCCGGCGACUUCGCUGGCGCUGGGGCGGUGGGGGGAUCAGCUGUCACCUGCUCGAGGGUCUCGUCUCCUGGUCACGUGAGCACAGCAGAGGGAGACUCGACGCUCACCCGGGACCGGGAGUCCAUUAGAGGGGAGAUGGCGCCACUCGGUUCCCUCAGAGGCUCCAGCAGGGUGGCCCCCACGCCGGCGUCCCGGGAACCUGGCGUGGAGGUCACACGGACACGUCUCCCAGCCCGGAGGAAGUGGAGGGGGCUGGUCAGCCGGGGACACAGCCCAGAAUCAGUGAGGACACUUAGGAGGCUUUUCUCUCUUUUCUUUUUAGCUUGAAGAUUUUCUUUUACUAUUCAGUGCGAUUUUUUUUUUUUUAAUGGAUCUACACUGUUAACUGCUCGAGACUCCACUGUGAUUCACUCGUUUACUUAAUCAAACACUUUUCAGGGAUGUCUGUAAAAUUCAGUGUUACACGUGGUGAAAAGUAGGGUUGAUCUAAGGAGGGACCACAAAUACUUCCUACUAUUCCAGAUGCUGAGAGCGAGAAGUAACUUUGUUUUUUAAGUACCGAUAAACCCCCAGGACAUUUCACAUUAAAAAUCAUCUUAAAUAUAGUCUUUUAUCAUUAUAAGGGAAAUACAAAUGGCUGAGAAAUACCAAAAAGAUUCCAAAGCAGCUGCAUUUAAAAAGCACAAAGGGAUUCUGGCUGGAAAUGCCGGAAUCUCAAUGUUUCUCGCAGUUGCUGAGCUGAACAGUGUGAUCCUUGCGUUUACAGAUGUAAAACGUGUCACUGAAAGGUUAACGAAUCUACUGUUUUUGUGAAGUGAGACCUUGAGCUGGUCAGAAGCCCCUGGGCGUUGGAAUGGUGACCUGGAAGUGAGAGGUCGGGGUCAGUGAAAUGGUGGCCGUCACAGCGACUGAAGAAGAGGGUGACCUGAAACAGUUACUCAACAGCACAAUUUCUCUUGAAAGUAAUCUCCUAUGGGUUGGGUUUUUAAGAUCAGAGCAUCCUAAUUUUGAUGAAAAUCUUGCACCUUAGGUAACGCAGAGCCAGAUUUAACAUCACGCGGUGUUGUCUGCUGCGGACGUGUGGGACUGUAACCAAAUACAUUGUUCUUGAAAAAGUAACUUCCUCUCAGUGAUUGCAAAAUACGGUUUGAUAAGCAAAACCUUUAUGUGUGUAAAUGUUAAUUUUAUGGCAGAAGUUGGGAGAUUAUAAUGACAGCAUUUAAGUUCGGGUCUGUAUUAGACACAUGCUUUUCAAAUGAUUUGAAAAUUAGUUUUCUUUGCCUCUAUUUUGAUGGUGGUUUGACUUGAAUUUUUUUUUUUUUUUAAGUAAGAUCACUAAACUUGUGCUGUGGUAGCCUGGAAGUGACCCGAGGUGUCCGGCCUGAUUGUGCUCGGGCCGCAGGGACAUUGGUUAAAUUGUACAAACUAAAGAUAAGGCGCGGGAAGUGCAGGCCCACACUGCCGACAGAACUUUCAUUCAUGGCGACAGCGGUGCUGUGCCGCCGGGCCGUGGAGGCUGUUAAUUCUCUGGGUAGGACACCUGAAUUCUUAGUGCUCAUUCCCAUCUCAGAUCUUCCCUGCUCUAACGUUCUUGGUCCUGUUGAAACAUUUCAGUACACAGAGAUACUGCGAUGUUAAUGCCCAAGAGAAAAGCCAUCAUAACGUGUAUGCUGGUCGUCAAGGUCAGUGUGGUACAGUUUUUUUAAAAUAAACUAUCAUGCCCUUCA